GUCAGUUAGGCCUCUGGUCAAUGUCGGGGCUUGUGCUUCAGACCAGACGUCCGCCAUGACCGAGCGUGAGGAAUGAGGGUAAUCCCGUUGGGCUGCCAACUACCUUCUUGCCAUCUCAACGUCAAUCGCUCAUCUUCCCGAGAGAAAGAACAAUCGAGAAAAUCUCCUGGGAUCAGUUGACACGAAUCAGAAAUCGCCCUUGGUCAUGUGUCGCUGGUUUGCUUACCUGGGCGAUGAAGCCCAGCUUCUUGAAGAUUUGGUCAUUCGGCCGCGCCAUGCCAUUGUGAAGCAAGUGGACGAACACUUCCUACCGGCUGGCCAUUCAACGGUUGAACCAUUUCUUGGAGAGCUUCAGGUCGCCCCUUUGGCUGCCAAUGACGCAGGCUCACCGAAUCCAUUGACCAACAUGGACGGAUUCGGCCUCGGGUGGUAUACGUCGACAGAGUGCGAGUUCAACCCGUAUAUCGAUCCAAAGUGGCCCGAGUCCCUUCGUCCAGUCGUGUACAAAAACACUCGACCUCCGCUCAACGAUUUGGUCCUCAAGAGCAUCGUUCGAGGCACCAGCAGCAAUGCCGUUCUUGCCCACAUCCGCGCAGCCCCAGGCCUGACGCCAGUCGUAGAGACCAACUGCCAUCCCUUUGCGUUUGGUCGUCACUUGUUCGCCCACAACGGCAUCCUCGGGUCUUUUCCUCGUAUCCGUACGGCAAUUCUGCAAUAUCUUCCGUUGAGAUACCAACAGGCCAUUGUCGGGACAACAGACGCUGAGCAUAUUGCGGCCGUGUACUUCUUCAUAUUGUGCGGUAAGGAUGGCGACUGGGAGUCUGUUUAUGAUGCUGGAGAGAUGGCGACGGCGAUGCGGGAGACUAUCAUCAUCCUCGAGAAACUUCAAACCGAGUUUGGGCCGCCGAGCCGAGAGGCCAACACACUCAACCUAGUUGUCAUGUCUGGCAGCUCGCUCGUCGCUGUGCGAUAUGCCAGCCCGGAAGGACUGGAACCACCGAGUUUGUACUACUCGACGACAGCUGGUGCAACGCUCAAUCGCAAGUACAAGGGAUUUCCGAGCGACGUGAGUGACUCGGCCGAUGGUGGUGACGGGGAUGCCGAGGACGACGGGCGGCUAGAGAAGAAAAAGCAUGGCGAGCACGUCGUGGUGGCCAGCGAGCCCAGCACCUUCAACCAGGGCGAAUGGGAGCUUAUCAAGCCAUCACAGAUGGUUGUUUCUGAACUGGGUACUGGUGCCUAUCUCGAGCACUUGUGAGUAGUCACUUGUGAGGGUCCCGUAUUCGACGGGGUAUGCUUGGCAGCCUUUGGAUUGGCAUUUGGACGUUUAAUUACUGGCUGCGAGUUUCAAGCGAUUCAUACAUGUAUCGCCGCGUUCAGAUCGUCUGUACCUUGCUUGGAGUUAGCAUCGUUCACACACGGUGUCAGCAUCUUUCAUUAUUACAACUCUCAUAGGUAUGCUCAUCUCCUUCUUCUGACCGUUUCAUUUUUCGACCGCUGUGUCUCGUCGUGCUUCCAUCAUCCUGGUGCCUUCAUGUGCGUAUCCGCGUGGCGAAGGGUGAAGGAAAGGAAUUCUGUCUGGUAUCAGUCCCACAUCAUGGCCGGUCUGUUGAUCUUCAGACGUGGCUCCCGCGGAUUGAUUGGCGGCAUUGGCAUGGCCUACCGGCAGGUAGCCUACAAGGAGCAAACAACACCACCGCCUCGCCGUCGUGUAACACUGUAACCUGUGAGAAGGAUAGAAACAGAAUCUCGGGCAAAAAUCAGGAAGUUUGCAUCAGACCAGCUUUGAGGCUACCUGCUAAGAGCGAGGUCAAGAGAGAAUGUUGAACAUGUUAGAUGGAAAUACCUAGGUGACGGGACAGAUGGAUGGAGGUGAAGAUGGCAGAAAAUAUCCGAGGUUCCGUGGAAUUCGUACCGUCAGG